AUGACUGACACCGACGAGUCAACCCUCGCCUCAUUCGCAAUCACGCCCUCAAGCCCCAACACGUCACCCUCCAAAGAACAGAUACAACCACUACCAUGGUACAAGCGCCUGGACCAGAACCGAAAUACCCUGCUUGUCGUCGCCAGCUGUGCACAGUUGCUGGAUAUCAUCAGCAUUGCCUCCGUCACCAUUGCACUCCCAUCUUUACUCCGCGAUGUUCACUAUGAGCAAAACCAGUUGCAGUGGGUCAUUAGCAGCUAUGCUCUUACUUACUCCGCGUUCCUCCUCGUCGGCGGUCGUAUGGGAGACUUGUUUGGACAUAGACGCGCCGGUGCCGGCCUUACGAUUCCUUCGGCGUUGGCACUGUUGACAACAUCAUACCCCCUAGGCCCUGAACGCAAUUUCGCAAUGCUAGUUUUUGGAGGCGCAGGAUGCACGGGUCAAACCAUCGGCAUCCUCAUCGGCGGGAUCUUCGACGCAACCAUCGGCUGGCCUUGGAUCUUUUACAUCACCGCCAUCCUCGCCACUCUCGUCGGCAUCAUCGGGUUCCUAACUGUCCCUAAGACCGAGGACGGUAUCCAUGUCACCGACCGGAGGGUUGACUACAUCGGCGUGUUCAGUUUUGUGUUGGGUAUUAUUGCAGUGGUGUAUUACUUAUCGGAAUCGACGACGGCCGGGUGGGGGAGUGCACAGACGUUGGCGCCGUUCUUGGUGGGCGUUGCGGUGUUGGUUUUUUUUGUGUUCUGGGAGUAUCGAAUUGAGUACCCCAUUAUGCCUUUCCGGAUCUGGACCUCUGUGCGCCUCCGCGCAUCGGUUGUGAUCGUCAUCUGCGUCACCACCACCUACAACACUUUGAUCUUCUACACUUCCCUCACCUUCCAGAACGUCCUUUUGUUCUCCCCACUUAUCACGGCAUGCUGCUAUAUUGUCCAUGGAGUCGGACUGGGGCUGGGACUAUUCUCUCUCAACAAACUGUACGCAGUCGUCCGGACAAAACUGCUCAUGAUAGUGGGUCUAUUCUUCGUUAUCAUCUCCGCCAUCAUCUUUGCCCAGAUCGUACCAGGAUCCGGGUACUGGCACUACGCCUUCCCAGCCCUGAUCGUCAACUGUAUCGGCCUACCCCUAGCCUGGAUGUGCUGUCAAGUGAACGCCGUCGCCGACGCACCCGACGAGGACCAAGGAGUUGUCGGCGCCGUCUUCAACGUCGCCAUCCAGCUAGGUGGACCGAUUGGGUUGGCAAUCAGCGCGAUUGUGAACGACAAGUAUACGACAGGCGAGACUCCUACGGGGUUUAUGGAUGGGUACCGGGCGGCGUUUUAUGGGAUGGCUGUUAUGGGUGCUGUAGGGCUGGUGUUUGUGGUACUCCUUGCUGCGAACCAGGAUCCUAUUGAGUUCAAGGGUAUUGUUGAGGAACUUAAGACGGUGGAUGGGAUCAGCAGCAGUGAGGAGAAGGACGUAGAGCAGACUGUGUAA